AUGGAAGUAUAUGUAGCAUUGUGUUUCGCUUACGUUUUGGUCCAAUGUGAUGGAGACGUGAGAGUUAAUCUAACAGCUGUUGUGGGACGAUCCGUCACUUUUCCAGACUCUGUGAAGGAGAAAGGAUAUAUUUCAUUUGGACCAAAACCUAUUGCUGCUGUUUUUAAUGGUGAAUUUGAGAUUGAUGAAGACAUUUACACAAACAGACUUCACUGGAACAAAAGCACUGGACUCUUCACUCUCUCAGAUCUGCAGAAAAGUGAUUCUGGAGUUUAUUCCAUCGACUCCAAAAAAGGGAAUGUGUUUUUCAAACUUUAUGACCUCAAAGUGUUCGAGGAGGUGUGUGUUCCAGUCGUGUCCUGUGUGAACGUGAGCUCUGACAGUGUCACUCUGCAGUGUUCAGUGAAUCACACAGAGCAGACCACACUGAGCUGGUUCAGAGGAGGUCAGUCUGUGGUCAGCAGCAGCUCUGCAGUGCUGCCCCUCACUGUCCAACAGAGGAACUACACCCACCAGUACAAAUGUGUGUCUCAGAACCCUGCGGAGGAGAAGACUGCUACAGUGAAGAUAACAGAAAUCUGUGAACGCAAUGAGACUCGAUCUACAAGGAGCAUUCACAGCUGUGGAGGUGAAGUCGAAAGAUAA